AUGCGUCUUUUGAAAGGAUCUCUUCUAGAAUCCAACAUUAACAUUGGUUUGGCCUAUUCUGCUACUAAUUAUGCCAUCGAACAAGCAAGAUUAAGAGUUAAUCAAUGUCGUUGUCCAUCAAUUACUGAACGAAACUUCCAAAGACAAUAUGUUCCAGGUGUCGAAGGAUUUUUAUGGAAUUCCAUGAAGGGAAGAGCUGCUCUUGAUACUUCAUGUCCUGCACAAUCUGAUGCUCCUAAUAACUGGAUGCAAAUGUCCAAUUCUAAAUAUUUCGCACAAAUUUCAAGUUGUAAUUUGAAUGAUGUUUCGAAUGGUUCUCCAUGUUUAUUCUCACUUGCUCUUGGAAGUACUCAAAUUCAAGUUGCUUUGGCUUCUUGUCCAUCUGAAACAAGUGGAAAUCGUGCAACUUUUUCAAUUCCACAACGUUUACCAUAUAUUGCAAUUCAUUGUAAAGGUGAUGAUUGUGAUAAGAUUGGUUAUCCUUGUCAACAAGAUUCUGAUUGUGGUGGAAAUAGUUUAACUUGUUGGGAUGUUCCAAAUAAUGCUGGAUAUGGCUCAAAUUUCCAAUUUGGUUUUGGUUUCUUUUUUGCUGGAAUUUAUAAUCAAUUCCAAACUUGUAAAUCUCCAGAACAAUUAAUUGAUUCAUUGAUGAAGACAAUGUUGGCCAAUCAUUGGAGUCAAACUUCAACAAAGACCUAUACUUCAAUCAAGAUGUGUGGUCCAAAGUUGGCACCAAUUUUGAGUCCUGGAGCUAAUGUACAAGCUACUUGUACUGCAAAGGUAGUUUCCAGAACUUUAUCCGAAUCUCAAGAGACUCAACAAACUGCUGUAGUUCCAAUGAGUGCUGAUGUUGCUGCUCCUACUUCUGUUGUUACUGAAAUUGCCAUUCCACAAGCAAAGAGAACUGUUUCAUCAGUCCAAGAUUCUGUUUAUUAUUGUGGUGGUGUUGAUUCCACAUCUGCCUCUGUUUGUAGUGGAAAUGGUUAUUGUUCCCUCGUUGCUGGUAACAUUGGUGUCUGUAAAUGUAAUUAUGGUUAUGCUGGUUCUUUGUGUUCUCAAGCAAUUAUGUGUGGUUCUUACAAUUCUACUAAUCCAUCAGUUUGUAAUGGACGUGGUUCUUGUCACACUAUUGCUUAUAAUCCAUUGAGUUAUUGUUCAUGUACUAAAGGAUAUACUGGAGCUCAAUGUGAAUAUUCAGUCAGUUGUCCUAGUUGUCAAAAUGGUGGUGUAUGUGUCGCAUCCUCAGGUGUUGUUGGUAAAUGUCAAUGUACUGGAACCAAAUUUACUGGUGAGCUCUGUGAAAAACCUGUCACUUGUAAUGGUAUUGCUGCUACUAGCCCAGAUGUCUGUUCUGGACAUGGUUCUUGUGUUUUUGCCACUCCAAACUUUGAAGAUGCUGCUACCACCUCCACUGAAGUCAAAUUAAAAUCCACGUCCACACCUCUCGUUGUACAAACAAUCCAGAAGGCAUUCCAAACUUCUACCUCUUCUGUGAAGGUAAUCUCUGUAAGCAAUUAUUGAAUGCUCAAACAUGUUCAUCAGAUGCUGAUUGUGGAGAUAACAUUAAGUGUACUAAUCCAUUGAGUGAUAAUAAUCUCAACGCCAACUUGUUGGAUAUUCUCUUCUUGGGUAAUAGUAAUGCUGGAUGUGUCAAUAAUAAUAAUGAAACAUUCUAUAGACAAAUUGGAGAUGCUAUGGAUUAUUCUAUGGGAAGAACCAAAAAGUCCACAAAUGAUUUCAAGAUUUGUUUCCCAAAUGUCAAUACAGUUUCUAAUACUGCCAAGAAUUGGGCUGAUGCUUCUUAUUCCAUUUCUGCUGGAACUAUUACCUUGAAGGGAUUGUUUGCAUAUGAUGGUCCUUCACCAAGUUCUGUUGCUCCACCAACUGCCUUGAAGGUUUCAGAUGUCACUGCUGCAGGUGCCACUUUCUCAUGGACUGCUUCAGUAACUGCCGCAAGCUCAAUAACUUAUUCUUUGGUAAUUAGAGAUGCUGUUGGAACUCAAGUUGCUUCAGUUUCAUCUAUUUCUGGUACUAGCUAUGUUCUUUCAUCUGGUCUCUCACCAGUGACAACUUAUACCGCCUAUUUGACUGCUGUCAUUCCAGCUAGUGGCUCAACUGCUGCUCAAGAAUCUUCUGCUGUCUCUAUUGAAGUUUCUACUACUGCUGGUUCAUCAGGUGGUUCUAAUAGAGUUCCAGGAGGUGUUGGUUCAAUUACAAUUGUUGUCAAGAUUGCUAGUCCAAUUCCAAAGGGUGGCUCAAUUACCCUCAGUUUACCAAAUGGAUAUGUUGUCUCAAUUGUUCAAAAGAGAGCAAUUAUGGCUUCAACAAUUACUGUUACAGAUGCUAGUGGAAGUGAAAUUACUAUUAGUAAUGUUAAUGUCAAUGGCAACACCAUCUCAGGAGCUGUGAGCUCUCAAGUUUCUGUUGGAAAGGUUUCUAUUGCUUUAGGUUCUGUUAAAAAUCCAGAUACUGCCUCCACUUCAGCUUCAUUUGGAAGUAUUUCAACUGCAGAUGCUUCAGGAAAUGUGAUUGAAAAGGUUACCAUUUCAUUACCACCAGUCAAUUUUGCCACUGUUUCAGGAUCUUUCAUGAUUAAUUGUUCCUUGUUGAUUAUUUCAAUUUUGGCUGCAUUCUUAAUGAUGCUUUAAUCAAAUGAAAAUAAAUCAUAAAUUUAUUCGUCA